CUCUUCCUUCAUUUUGGAAUGCUCAUUAGUAAACUACCUCUGCUAGAUUAAACAUCAUCUUAAAAAGUAUUGUUCAGCAAAACAAAAAUAAACUACGAAAGUUCGAAUGGUGUAAGUGUUGAAAAGCCAUACAGAUAGACCAAUGUACUUAAACCGAAAAGAUAAUUAAGUAUAACGAAAUAAUCAAAUGAGUGUAAAAAACAAAUAACUACAUAAAAUGAUGAAUCAAUAUCAAAAAGAAUACAUGUAGGUAAGUCUUAAUCUGAUUACUUAAUAAUUGAGAAACUACAAUAAGAAUUUGAAUAAAAAUAUUAGGAGUAUGUAAAUAAGAUUGAUGUAAGAUAGGUUAGGAUUUGUGAGGAUUUAAAAUUGGAAAAUGUUAAAUUAAAAAUGCAGUUAGAAGAGUAGGAAUAAUAAAUAAUUUACUUAAAGUUAAUAAAUAGUGAUCUACGAUAUUAGAUAGAUAACUCUACUUUAACAUAAUAAUUAAAGAAGUUAGAGUUAGAAUAUAAGGAUACUUAUAGAAGAAUGGACGAUACUCUAAGAAAAGCAAUUGAUGAAAAUUAUGAGAGUUAAAUAAAAAUGAAAAAUCUAUCAAUAAAAUCUCAGCAAUUAGAAUAGUUUACAGUAAAUAUAAUGAUAAUGGGAUAGUUUUCUUUAAGACAGUAACUUACUUGCAAAUUCUGUAGGAAGGAAUUGUAAAAUACGAUUACUGUGAUUCCAUGUGCUCAUAAUUACUGUUAAAGAUGCAUUUCUGGAUAUGUAGGGAGAUGUUUUGCAUGUAAUGAUGAUGUAAGAUUAAGAAUUUUAUUAUUACUAUUUAGAGUCAUGUUUAAGCUACAUAUCAUAACGAAUAUAUUAGCGAUUUAAUAAAUAUGUAUAAAAUAUUUGAGAAUAUUUUGAAUAUAUUAAAAACUUGA